GACAGGCCCCCGAGCCAGAGCAGCGUGACCGCCGCAGACACGAUGAGAUGCGCCUCGGCCUGAAGGAGGGGCCCUCCCUCGGGCGUUUACUUUGAAAGGAAUGCGAUGUUAAUUCUGGGGCAUUGAUGGUUUACAAUGCCUGAUCAAGACAAAAAAGUGAAGGCCACUGAAAAAUCAACUGAUAAAAAACAGCAAGGAGUCACCACCAGGGACUAUUCAGAUCUUAAAAGACUUCUGUGCCUUUUGAACGUUCAAUCAAGCAAGCAACAGCUUCCAGCUAUUAACUUCGAUAGCGCCCAGAACAGCAUGAUGAAGUCUGAGCCUGCCAUCAGGGCAGGUGGGCACAGAGCUCGAGGUCGGUGGCAUGAGUCCACAGAAGCUGUUGAACUGGAAAAUUUUAGUAUUAACUACAAGAAUGAGAGAAAUUUCAGCAAACAUUCCCAGCAUAAACUAUUUCAGGAGAUAUUUACAGCCUUGGUGAAAAAUAGACUCAUAUGCAGAGAGUGGGUUGAUCGCGCUCCAUCUCUUCAUUUUCUGAGAGUGUUAAUUUGUCUGAGACUCCUGAUGAGGGAUCCAUGUUAUCAGGAAAUACUUCAUAGCUUGGGUGGAAUUGAAAACCUAGCUCAGUACAUGGAGAUCGUGGCGCACGGGUACCUCGGAUACGGGGAGGCGCAGCACAGCGUGGACAAGCUGGUCAACAUGACGUAUAUAUUUCAAAAACUUGCUGCUGUCAGAGACCAAAGAGAAUGGGUCACCACAAGCGGAGCUCACAAGACAUUAGUAAACUUGCUCAGUGCCCGAGAUACGAAUGUUCUCUUGGGUGCCCUUCUGGCUCUGGCUAGUUUAGCUGAAAGUCCAGAGUGUAGGGAGAAGAUAAGUGAGCUCAACAUUGUAGAAAACCUGCUGACAAUUUUACAUGAAUAUGACUUGCUUUCCAAAAGGCUGACAGCCGAGCUGCUGCGCCUGCUCUGUGCCGAGCGCCAGGUGAGAGAGCAGGUGAAGCUCUACGAGGGGGUCCCUGUCCUGCUCAGCCUGCUGCACUCAGACCACCUGAAGCUGCUAUGGAGUGUCGUCUGGAUUCUGGUGCAGAUUUGCGAGGACCCAGAGACCAGCGUGGAAAUCCGCAUUUGGGGUGGCAUCAAGCAACUUCUUCAUAUUUUACGAGGAGACAGAAAUUUUGUUUCUGAUCGUUCCUCCAUUGGAAGUCUGUCUAGUGCCAAUGCGGCUGGCCGAAUCCAGCAGCUUCAUUUGUCAGAAGAUUUAAGCCCUCGGGAAAUACAAGAAAAUACUUUCUCUCUUCAAGCAGCCUGCUGUGCGGCCCUCACGGAGCUGGUGCUGGACGACAGCAACGCCCACCAGGUGGUGCAGGAAAAUGGUAUAUAUACAAUAGCAAAAUUAAUUUUACCAAACAAACAAAAGAAUGCUGCAAAAACUAAUCUAUUACAGUGUUACGCAUUCAGAGCCUUGAGGUUUCUCUUCAGCAUGGAAAGAAACAGACCACUCUUUAAAAGACUUUUCCCCACCGACCUGUUUGAGACCUUCAUUGAUAUAGGACAUUAUGUUCGUGAUAUCAGUGCUUAUGAAGAAUUAGUAUCAAAGUUGAAUUUAUUAGUGGAGGAUGAACUGAAGCAAAUUGCUGAAAAUGUUGAAAGCAUUAAUCAGAAUAAAGCUCCUUCGAAAUAUAUAGGCAACUAUGCGAUUUUGGAUCAUCUCGGCAGUGGAGCUUUUGGCUGUGUUUACAAGGUUAGAAAGCGCAGUGGUCAAAAUCUGUUAGCAAUGAAAGAGGUCAAUUUACAUAACCCAGCUUUUGGAAAAGAUAAAAAAGACCGAGACAGCAGUGUAAGGAAUAUUGUUUCUGAAUUAACCAUAAUUAAAGAGCAGCUUUAUCAUCCAAACGUUGUACGCUAUUAUAAAACAUUUCUGGAAAAUGAUAGGCUGUAUAUAGUUAUGGAACUUAUAGAAGGGGCCCCUCUUGGAGAGCAUUUCAGUUCUUUGAAGGAAAAACGACAUCAUUUUGCUGAAGAGAGACUAUGGAAAAUAUUCACACAGCUGUGCUUGGCUCUUCGGUACUUGCACAAGGAGAAGAGGAUCAUCCAUAGAGACCUGACGCCGAACAACAUCAUGCUGGGGGACAAGGACAGAGUGACCGUCACUGACUUUGGCCUGGCAAAGCAAAAACAAGAAAGCAGUAGACUUACGUCUGUUGUAGGAACAAUUCUGUAUUCCUGCCCGGAGGUGCUGAAGAGCGAGCCGUACGGGGAAAAGGCAGACGUGUGGGCAGCAGGCUGCAUCCUUUACCAGAUGGCGACCCUGGACCCUCCCUUCUACAGCACCAACAUGCUCUCCCUGGCCACAAAGAUAGUGGAGGCGGUAUAUGAACCAGUGCCAGAAGGCAUCUACUCUGAAAAAGUGAUCACUACCAUCAGCAGAUGCCUCACUCCAGAUGCAGAAACCCGCCCAGAUAUUGUAGAAGUCAGCUCCAUGAUAUCAGAUAUCAUGAUGAAGUAUGUAGACAAUUUAUCCGCAUCCCAGCUUGCCUUGGAGAAGAAGCUGGAACGGGAACGGAGGCGCACACAGAGGUAUUUUAUGGAAGCCAACCGGAACGCAAUCACGUGUCAGCAGGAGCCGACUCUGCUGUCUCAGGAAACCUUUGAGAAGGCAAGCUUGAGUAGCAGCAGCAGUGGAGCAGGAAGCCUGAAAAGUGAACUUUCAGAAAUCACAGACCUCCCUGCUGAAGGCUUCCAGGCACCAUGUGGUAAGGAUGAAGACCGGACCUGUGAUGGACUCUUGUCAGAUGAUAACUUCAACUUGGAAAAUAUUGAGAAAGAUAUAUAUUCAGAGCUUGAUGAUGAAUUGGACAUUUCGGAUAACUUUAGCAGCUCCAGCUCAAGCCCUUUGAAGGAAUCGACAUUCAGCACUUUAAAAAGAAGUUUUAGUGCUUCAGGAGGAGAAAGACAAUCCCAAGCUAGAGACUUCACUGGUGGAAUAGGAUCCAGACUGAGACCAGCUUUGCUGCCUCUUGACCUGCUUCUGAAAGUGCCACCCCUCCUGCUCAGUGCCCACGUUAAGGAGGUAGAGGCUGAGUUAGUGACGGGGUGGCAGUCCCACAGUCUUCCCACUGUGAUUCUCCACAGUCUCAAAGACCAUGGGCCCCAGGGAUUUUUUUUUUUACCCACAGCAUCUGCAGGAAUUGCUGUGUCACAGAGGAAAGUACGUCAGAUCAGUGAUCCUAUUCAGCAGAUCCUAAUCCAGCUGCACAAAGUCAUCUACAUCACUCAACUUCCUCCAGCUUUGCACCACAACUUGAAAAGAAGGAUUAUAGAGAGAUUCAAGAAAUCCCUCUUCAGCCAGCAGAGUAACCCUUGUAAUUUGAAAUCUGAAAUUAAAAAGUUAUCUCAAGGAUCUCCAGAACCAAUUGAACCCAGCUUUUUCACAGCAGAUUACCACUUAUUGCAUCAUUCAUUGGGUGGAAACAGCUUGUCCUCAAAUGACCCAACAGGUCUACCCUCUAGCUUUGAUUUGGAGGAGGGGAUAACAUAUGAACAGAUGCAGACUGUGAUUGAAGAAGUCCUAGAGGAAAGUGGCUAUUACAAUUUUACUUCUAACAGGUAUCACUCCUAUCCAUGGAGGACCAAGAAUUAUCCAACCAAAAGAUGAAAGUAUUGCACUUUAAAUGGACCUGGUUUUCCCAGUGAAGGUCAAGUUCUGGACUGAAAGCUCUACUGGAAAGAUGCCCAAGGAUUGGGUGAUACUCCAAGAGUAUGGAAGAGAAAAGAUCAGUAUGCCACAGUGCCUGCGGGACCUCUUUCUGGAGAUCCAGUGCUUGAGGCUGCCUCCUUGGGGUACACAGAUACAGGAUAGUGGGGCUUCCAGUGUACUCCUGGGAGAAACUGCUCGAGUAUUCAUCUAUGAGAAAAAAAGUCGCUCCUUGACUUUCCUCCAAGUUAAAAACAAAACAAAACAAUGACAUAUUUUUCAAAGAAAUACUUUUUACUUAGAAUUGCUAAAACUGUUUAAAGGCACCUAGCUUUCUAUGUAUAAAAGACAGUUAUAGAUAAAGACAAUUAUAGAACUCAGAACAGUAAUAUUGGGUAAUUCACUGUCUCCAUCAAUUUUUUAAUUGUAAAAGAAAUUCAGAAUAUGUGAUUGAAAUAUUGUGUAGUUUUAUUUGUUUGUUUUACUGAAAGGAUUGCUUUUCCCUUAACCAUGUGGGUGCUAGUGAUCUUGAACCAUGAUAUAGUGUGGACAGUAUUUGUGACCUUGCAUGGCCUCUGGGAAUACCUGUCAGAUUGUCAGAUUUAAGUUAGACCAGUAGGAUGUAUGGAUGUACAGUAUGUGUACGUGUGUGUGUGUGUGUGUGUGUGUGUGUGUGUGUAGGGGUAAGACGGAGGUUUAGAUUAGGCUAAUGCUUUGCUGCUAAUCACACUCAUAGUGUCUUUAGAGCACUUUGAAGAGUCAUAGAAUCUAUGAAAGAGAUGUAAUAUUGCAUAUUCUAAGUCUCUAGCUAAAAUUACCUAUAUUGCUUUUAACUUUUUAUUGUUUGAGAAUUUGAAAUGAAAAUACGUUAUAUAAUAAAAUAUACGUUUCUUUUUUAUUCAUUGAGAUGUCUCUAGAAAAGAGAACUCAGAAUGCCAAAACAGUGUCCCAUUCCUGUGUGGGGAUAAUUUAUGGGGAAAAUUCUCAUAGAUUCUUACGGGGCUAAAAAGUCUCUUCUACUGACUUCUUAUAACUGGUGUAACGUCAACAAAUUAUCAUCAAGUCAGACUAUGCUUCUAACUAUUUAAGGAAUUUUUUAGUUAAUCAAUUUGUUCAGUGUCUUUGUCUGUCCUGGGUCUUCACUGCUGCACUCAGUCCUUCUCUAGCUGCAGCAAGUAGGGACUACUCUCUAGUUGUGGUGCACAGGCUUUUCAUUGCAGUGGCUUCUCUUGUUGCAGGGCAUGGGUUCUAGGGCACGGGAGCUUCGGUAGUUUCAGCUCACUGGCUCUAUAGUGUGGACUCAGCAGUUGUGGUACCUGGGCUUAGUUGCUCCAUGAUCUUCUUGGACUAGGAAUCCAAUCAGUGUCCCCUGCAUUGCAACGUGGUCUCUUAACCACUGGACCACAAAAGAAGCUCUUCAAGGAAUGUUUUAAAUCUAAAUAAUUAGUCAUCUAAAGCUGGAAUUAUGCUUUUUAUUUACUCCUAAAUUCUAGCUUCCCUGAUGGCAUAGACGGUAAAGAGUCUGCCUGCAAUGCGGGAGACCCGGGUUCAAUCCCUUGAUCAGGAAGAUACCCUGGAGUA